GUGAUGGGAGCGCACCUUCUUUUUUUUUUUUCACCACCUGUGCAUAAGUUCAUCCGCGCGCACUAUGUUUCCGAGGGACUUUUAAAGUGUAAAAGUAAGGUGCGCUUUUGCCAGGAUGCCCACCGCCUGGAAUGCAACCUGCGUCUAUGGAAUAUAGCCCGGUGUUCCACGGUCUUCAUGUCGUGCCAUCAUCCCACCUGAAGAACAAAGUCUUUCUUUUCUGCAUUAUGCUCACCCUGUGGGUCUACAUGGUCUACUGUUGCGUGGGCUACGGCGCCACCAUGCCCGACCUGCAGGCGUACUACAGCCGCGCGGAGCCCCAAGUGGACCCCCGGGGCUCCUCCGUGGGGCCGCUGAGGGAUUUGCUGAAUAACGACAACGACGUGGACAGCAGAGGGGACGACUGGGAGGACGAUUUGGAGAAUAAUCAUCUCCUCAACGUGUCGGAGGCGAAUAAACUACCUCAGGCGAUCAUCAUCGGGGUGAAGAAGGGAGGGACGCGCGCCCUGCUGGAGUUCCUGCGCCUGCACCCGGACGUGCGCGCCGCCGGAGCGGAGCCGCACUUCUUUGACCGGAACUACGACAAGGGACUGGAGUGGUACAGGGAGCUGAUGCCCAAGUCCUCCCAGGGCCAGCUGACCAUGGAGAAGACGCCCAGCUACUACAUCACCAAGGAGGUCCCAGCCCGUAUUCAUGCCAUGUCUAAAGACACAAAACUGAUAGUGGUUGUCCGGAACCCCGUCACACGAGCCAUCUCGGACUACACCCAGACCCGCUCCAAGAAACCGGACAUCCCGUCCUUCGAGAGCCUGACCUUUAAGAACACAUCGGGUGUGAUCGACGCGGCGUGGAGCGCCGUCCAAAUCGGAAUGUACGCCAAGCACCUGGAACGUUGGCUCCGGUACUUCCCUAUGGAGCAGCUGCUGUUUGUGAGCGGCGAGAGACUUAUCAGCGACCCCGCCGGCGAGGUGGCCCGGGUUCAAGACUUUCUCAGGCUCCGGAGGGUGGUCACGGAGAAGCAUUUCCACUUUAACCCAACAAAGGGCUUCCCUUGCUUAAAGAGGCCAGAGGGGAACAGUAAGCCCCACUGUCUGGGCAAAACAAAAGGCAGAACCCAUCCUAAUAUUGACCCCGAGGUGGUGCAGAGACUACGGGAGUUCUACAAGCCCUUUAACCGGAGGUUUUACCAGAUGAUUGGCCAUGACUUUGGCUGGGACUGAAAAGGAAGAGCAGCAGGCUCAUGCUAGUUCCUUAUUUGUGUGUGUGUGUUUUUUUUUUUUUUAUAUAUAACUGUAUCAUGCAGAAGACGUAGAGAGUAUAUUUGCCAGAUAUGUAAAAAGUACAAAAGUCUAUUUUAUAAUAAUUUAUUGCUAUGAUUACUAAGCUGUGUAACUUUAGAAUAGACACAUACUUUAAGGCAGUGGUUCUUAACCUUGUUGGAAGUACUGAACCCCACCAGUUUUAAGUGCGCAUUAACCGAAUCCUUCUUUAGUGAAAAAUAAAAUAGUCACACUUUAGUACGGGGAACAUAUUCACCAUUAAUUAGUUGAUUAUUAACAUGCAGAUUAUUAACAUAUUGGCUCAGUCCUUUAAAGGCCUUCAAUUAAUAAUGGAGACGUCAAAGAAGAAAGAUGUAGGUGGGAAGCGGUGUAUUGCGGCCGCUUUUAGCAACACAAACACAGCCGGUGUUUCCUUGUUUACAUUCCCUAAAGGUGACGGUGAAGCUUUACUAUAGAACCGAGCGGUCAAGCGAACAUGGUUCCCUACCACAUGUCAAUCGGUAGGUUUCGGUAAGAAAAUGGAGGUAAUAAGUCGGCUCUUAUCUUAGAUAUGAGCAGAGAGCUUGCAUCGUCCUGCAGCUAUGGACGCUCUUGCCUCCUCCCCUCGGAGACAAAUGGCGGUCACCACACCCGUGGCCACACCCCUCCGACUUUCAGGUUGUACAGGUAUCGAAUCCUUCUUUAAUACAUGGCCCUUCUUCUAAAAUAGUCACACUUUAGUACGGGGAACAUAUUCACCAUUAAUUAGUUGCUUAUUAACAUGCAGAUUUGUAACAUAUUGGCUCAGUCCUUUAAAGGCCUACUGAAACCCACUACUACCGACCACGCAGUCUGAUAGUUUAUACAUCAAUGAUGAAAUAUUAACAUUGCAACACAUGCCAAUACGGCCGGUUUAGUUUACUAAAUUGCAAUUUUUAAAUUUCGCGCGAAUUAUCCUGCUGAAAACGUCGCGGUAUGAUGACGCGACGGAUUGUAGCGGACAUGUUGUUCCAGCCCCGAUCCCAGUUUUAAGUCGUCUGCUUUAAUCGCAUAAUUACACAGUAUUCUAGACUCUGUGUUUCUGAAUCUUUUGCAAUUUGUUCAAUGAAUAAUGGAGACGUCAAAGAAGAAAGAUGUAGGUGGGAAGCGGUGUAUUGCGGCCACCUUUAGCCACACAAGCCGGUGUUUCCUUGUUUACAUUCCCUAAAGAUGACGGUGAAGCAUUACUAUGGAACCGAGCGGUCAAGCGAACAUGGUUCCCUACCACUUGUCAACCGGUAGGUUUCGGUAAGAAAAUGGAGGUAAUAAGUCGGCUCUUAUCUUAGACAUGAGCAGAGAGCUUGCGUCCUCCUGCAAAUGCGGACUCUCUCCCCGCUAUUUUUCUCCCCCCGGAGACAAAUAGCGGUCACCACACCCCUCCGACUUUCAGGUUGUACAGGUAUCGAAUCCUUCUUUAGUGAAUAAUAAAAUAGUCAUACUUUAGUACGGGGAACAUAUUCACCAUUAAUUAGUUGCUUAUUAACAUGCAGAUUAGUAACAUAUUGGCUCAGUACUUUAAAGGCCUACUGAAACCCACUUCUAUUGACCACGCAAUCUGAUAGUUUAUAUAUCAAUGAUGAAAUAUUAACAUUGCAACACAUGCCAAUACGGCCUUUUUAGUUUACUAAAUUGCAAUUUUAAAUUUCGCGCGAAUUAUCCUGCUGAAAACGUCGCGAUAUGAUGACGCGUGCGCAUGACGUCACGGAUUGUAGCGGACAUUUUGUUCCAGCCCUGAUCCCAGCUUUAAGUUGUCUACUUUAAUCGCAUAAAUACAAAGUAUUCUGAACAUCUGUGUUUCUGAAUCUUUUGCAAUUUGUUCAAUUAAUAAUGGAGACGUCAAAGAAGAAAGAUGUAGGUGGGAAGCGGUGUAUUGCGGCUGCCUUUAGCAACACAAACACAGCCGGUGUUUCAUUGUUUGCAUUCCCGAAAGAUGACGGUGAAGCCUUACUAUGGAACCGAGCGGUCAAUCGGCAGGUUUCGGUGAGAAAAUGGAGGUAAUAAGUUGGCUUGCGUCCUCCUGCAGCUGUGGACUCCCUUGCCUCCUCCCACCGGACACACUGGCGGUCACCACACCCCUCCGACUUUCAGGUUGUACAGGUAAAACCAUAUAAUCUCACUAAAACACUAGUAACACAAUAAGCAGAUAAGGGAUUUUCUAGAAUUAUCCUAGUAAAUGUGUCUAAUAUCUGAAUCGCUCCCACUGCCUUCAUCUUUUUUUUUUCUUUCUAGUCCUUCACUCUUACUUUCCUCAUCCACGAAUCUUUCAUCCUCGCUCAAAUUAAUGGGGAAAUCGUCGCUUUCUCGGUCCGAAUCGCUCUUGCUGCUGGUGUCCAUGAUUAUAAACAACGUGAGGAUGUGAGGAGCUCCAUAACCAGUGACGUCACGCGCACAUCGUCUGCUUCUUCCGGUAAAGGCAAGGCUUUUUUAUUAGCGACCUAAAGUUGCGAACUUUAUCGUCGAUGUUCUCUACUAAAUCCUUUCAGCAAAAAAUAUGGCAAUAUCGCGAAAUGAUCAAGUAUGACACAUAAAAUGGACCUGCUAUCCCCGUUUGAAUAAGAAAAUCUCAUUUCAGUAGGCCUUUAAGUACUUAUAUUAAUGCCUUAUUCUGCAUGGCCUUAUUAUUAAACAAAUAAUCCAUUAACUAAGGCCCCAUUUACACUAAGCCGGAUAAGGUUAUCCAGUGUAAAUCACACCUAACCUUAUCCGUGUCCACACACACUUAUGCCACCGUUUAAGACCCCCGCCCCCUCUGUCCGCUGCGAAACGCCACCUAAUAUGCGUCAUAGUCACCUCCAGUGUUGCUUUGUGUGCAAGUUCUGAAAUGUAACUUAUCGGAACAAUAUCCAGUGUUGUGGUAUUUCAAUUACCUGGAAUCCAGUGUGCUGUGGGGCCCUGUUGUAGGGAAUCACACCUGAGCCAUCAUAAAUUAAUAUAAUCUUUAUUAGACACGUAAACAAUGUGAUAAAGAACAUUUUACAUCAAUUAAAAUAGAGAUCUAGAGAUUGGGUUAGGACACUCCUCACUCUUUUGCCUUCACUUUCAUUGUCCAUUCGUUUUUGGCGACUUUAUAGACUCUGGACUUAGACGUCGAGUCCGCGACAUACAUGGCGGACAAAAAAAUGAUACAGUCCGCUUUGCCAGUCCGAAAGCAUUCGCCGUUUUCCGUAGUUAGUUUUCCCCGAAAGUGAAGUGAAGUGAAUUAUAUUUAUAUAGCGCUUUUUCUCUAGUGACUCAAAGCGCUUUACAUAGUGAAACCCAAUAUCUAAGUUACAUUCAAACCAGUGUGGGUGGCACUGGGAGCAGGUGGGUAAAGUGUCUUACCCAAGGACACAACGGCAAUGACUAGGAUGGCGGAAGCGGGAAUCGAACCUGCAACCCUCAAGUUGCUGUCACGGCCACUCUACCAACCGAGCUAAACCGCCCCACAAAGCUGUCAUGACUUGUUUUACUGCGGUGCAAAGCGACUGGAUCGGACACAACGAGAAUUUAACGAAAUAUUUUAUUCUUAACUCAAAAAAGGAACAAACGAAAGGCGCUCAGAGAGGAGGUACAAAAACUUGGGCCAUGAAUUGCUUCCACUGCCCUCGUCUUUUUUUUUUUUUUUUUUUUUCCCCUAGUCUUUCACUCUUACUUUCCUCAUCCACGAAUCUUUCAUCGUCGCUUUCUCUGUCCGAAUCGCUCUUGCUGCUGGUGGCCAUGAUUAUAAACAAUGUGAGGAUGUGAGGAGCUCCACAACCCGUGACAUCACACGCACAUCGUCUGCUACUUCCGGUACGAGCAAGGCUUUUUUUCAUUAGCGACCAAAAGUUGCAAACUUUAUCGUCGAUGUUCUCUACUAAAUCCUUUCAGCAAUAUCGUGAAAUGAUCAAGUAUGACACAUAGAAUGGACCUGCUAACCCCGUUUAAAUAAGAAAAUCUCUAAUUUCAGUAGGCCUUCAAUGGCUUACUGCUUGUGUCAUAAGGCCAUGCAGAAUAAGGCAUUAAUAAGUACUUAAUCAUGACUAAUUAAGAGCCAAUAUGUUGCUAAUUUUCAUGUCAAUAAGCAACUAAUUAUUGGUGAAUAUGUUCCCCAUACUAAAGUCUUACUAGAAGUUCUUAUUUACACGAUGAGUCGGGUGUGUCUUGACUUCAACGGCGGAGGCUGACCCACCGAAUCGAGUCCAGGUUAAGAACCACUGCUUUAAGGUCACAAAGAUUCUCCUCAAAGCACAAAUACGGGUAUUUAAAGAUAGCUCUUUUAAUUUAGUUUUUGUUUUCCUUUUCCUUUCUUAAAAGCUGCUUGGGCAUCCCUCACCUCAACCUGACUAUGAGAUCCACCGAGUAAAUAUCCCCUUAACAUUUGCUUGACCCUCCACGGUCUGUGGACUCACUUAGUAAGGUCGAUGCGGGCCUCCGAUGAUCCGGUUGUCACUCGGCCAGGUUGAUUGAUGCGGUAAUAGCUCCUCAUCACGUCAAUUAGGCCCGACGGAUGGCCGCAGCCACCAUCGCUGAAGCGCUGCAAUAAAACACAGAUCCAUUAAUGCUGGCGAGGUUAUCGCUGACCUUUAAGUCCAAUUCUGUUCAAUGUAAUCUAAAACGUCCUCUGCAAAUUUUGCCCCAGAACAUUUCGACAACUGGUGUCCGGAAGAAUUUCAUGGGGUUGGAUUCCACCUGUUUUCCAAAGAUGCACGUUUGAAGCUCAUUCUGUUUGAAUAAAUGCUGUUUUUUCAUGAAUAGUUCUGUAUAAGUGACACCCGAUGUGACAAAGAUAUCCUAUAAUUGAACUGAUAAUGAAAAAAUAUGAAAAAACACGUUUUAAUUUCUUCUAGUCAGACGAUAGAAUUUCGAUAUGAAAGAUGGUUUAUUUUACUUUGACAUGGUGGCGACCUGUCCAGGGUGUACGCCGCCUUCCGUCCGAAUGCAGCUCAGAUAGGCGCAAGCAACCCUAAAAGGGACAAGCGGUAGGAAAUGGAUGGAUGGAUGUUUCAACUGUCAUCUACAGCAGAGGGUUUCAAACUCAUUUGUAGAUCGGGGGCCACAUGGAGAAAAAUCUACACCCAAGUGGGCCGGACUGGUAAAAUCACGGCACGAUAACUUAAAAAUAAAGACAACUUCAGAUUGUUUGUUUAAAAAAAGAUUAAGCACAUUCGGAAAUUGUACAAAUAAUAGUUGUGUGUUUUUAACAAUUGCCUGUGGCGGUAAUAAUAUACAUACUUUGUCAUUAUUUAUAUUUUUUGAAUAAAUUAUGCGAUCAUGUUCAUCAGUCAACUCAUUUGUGUCAAUUUUCAUGAAUAGUUCGGUAUAAGUGACACCCGAUGUGACAAAGAUAUCCUAUAAUUGAACUGAUAAUGAAAAAAUAUGAAAAAACACGUUUUAAUUUCUUCUAGUCAGACGAUAGAAUUGCGAUAUGAAAGAUGGUUUAUUUUACUUUGACAUGGUGGUGACUUGUCCAGGGUGUACACCGCCUUCCGUCCCAAUGCAGCUGAAAUAGGCGCGAGCAACCCCAAAAAGGGACAAGCGGUAGAAAAUGGAUGGAUGGAUGUUUGAACUGUCAUCUACAGCAGAGGGUUUCAAACUCAUUUGUAGAUCGGGGGCCACAUGGAGAAAAAUCUACACCCAAGUGGGCCGGACUGGUAAAAUCACGGCACGAUAACUUAAAAAUAAAGACAACUUCAGAUUGUUUGUUUAAAAAAAGAUUAAGCACAUUCGGAAAUUGUACAAAUAAUAGUUGUGUGUUUUUAACAAUUGCCUGUGGCGGUAAUAAUAUACAUACUUUGUCAUUAUUUAUAUUUUUUGAAUAAAUUAUGCGAUCAUGUUCAUCAGUCAACUCAUUUGUGUCAAUUUUCAUGAAUAGUUCGGUAUAAGUGACACCCGAUGUGACAAAGAUAUCCUAUAAUUGAACUGAUAAUGAAAAAAUAUGAAAAAACACGUUUUAAUUUCUUCUAGUCAGACGAUAGAAUUGCGAUAUGAAAGAUGGUUUAUUUUACUUUGACAUGGUGGUGACUUGUCCAGGGUGUACACCGCCUUCCGUCCCAAUGCAGCUGAAAUAGGCGCGAGCAACCCCAAAAAGGGACAAGCGGUAGAAAAUGGAUGGAUGGAUGUUUGAACUGUCGUCUACAGCAGAGGGUUUCAAACUCAUUUGCAGAUCGGGGGCCACAUGGAGAAAAAUCUACACCCAAGUGGGCCGGACUGGUAAAAUCACGGCACGAUAACUUAAAAAUAAAGACAACUUCAGAUUGUUUAAAAAAAGAUUUAGCACAUUCGGAAAUUGUACAAAUAAUAGUUGUGUUUUUUUAACAAUUGCCUGUGGCGGUAAUAAAAUAUAUACUUUGUCGUUAUUUAUAUUUUUUGAAUAAAUGAUGCGAUCAUGUUCAUCAGUCAACUCAUUUGUGUCAAUUUUCAUGAAUAGUUCUGUAUAAGUGACACCCGAUGUGACAAAGAUAACCUAUAAUUGAACUGAUAAUGAAAAAAUAUGAAAAAACACGUUUUAAUUUCUUCUAGUCAGACGAUAGAAUUUCGAUAUGAAAGAUGCAUUAUUUUACUUUGACAUGGUGGCGACUUGUCCAGGGUGUACGCCGCCUUCCGUCCGAAUGCAGCUGAAAUAGGCGCAAGCAACCCCAAAAGGGGCAAGCGGUAGAAAAUGGAUGGAUGGAUGUUUCAACUGUCGUCUACAGCAGAGGGUUUCAAACUCAUUUGCAGAAAAAUCUACUCCCAAGUGGGCCGGACUGGUAAAAUCACUGCACGAUAACUUAAAAAUAAAGACAACUUCAGAUUGUUUGUUUAAAAAAAGAUUUAGCACAUUUGGAAAUUGUACAAAUAAUAGUUGUGUUUUUUUAACAAUUGCCUGUGGCGGUAAUAGUAUAUAUACUUUGCGUUAUUUAUAUUUUUUGACUAAAUUAUGCGAUCAUGUUCAUCAGUCAACUCAUUUGUGUCAAUUUUCAUGAAUAGUUCGGUAUAAGUGACACCCGAUGUGACAAAGAUAUCCUAUAAUUGAACUGAUAAUGAAAAAAUAUGAAAAAACACGUUUUAAUUUCUUCUAGUCAGACGAUAGAAUUUCGAUAUGAAAGAUGCAUUAUUUUACUUUGACAUGGUGGCGACUUGUCCAGGGUGUACGCCGCCUUCCGUCCGAAUGCAGCUGAAAUAGGCGCAAGCAACCCCAAAAGGGACAAGCGGUAGAAAAUGGAUGGAUGGAUGUUUCAACUGUCGUCUACAGCAGAGGGUUUCAAACACAUUUGCAGAUCGGGGGCCACAUGGAGAAAAAUCUACACCCAAGUGGGCCGGACUGGUAAAAUCACGGCACGAUAACUUAAAAAUAAAGACAACUUCAGACUGUUUGUUUAAAAAAAGAUUUAGCACAUUCGGAAAUUGUACAAAUAACAGUGUUUUUUUUUAACAAUUGCCUGUGGCGGUAAUAGUAUACAUACUUUGCUUUAUUUAUAUUUUUUGAAUAAAUUAUGCGAUCAUGUUCAUCAGUCAACUCAUUUGUGUCAAUUUUCAUGAAUAGUUCUGUAUAAGUGACACCCGAUGUGACAAAGAUAUCCUAUAAUUGAACUGAUAAUGAAAAAAUAUGAAAAAACAACACAUUUUAAUUUCUUCUAGUCAGACAAUAGAGUUUCGAUAUGAAAGAUGGUUUAUUUUACUUUGACAUGGUGGUGACUUGUCCAGGGUGUACGCCGCCUUCCGUCCGAAUGCAGCUGAAAUAGGCGCAAGCAACCCCAAAAGGGACAAGCGGUAGAAAAAUGGAUGGAUGGAUGUUUCAACUGUCAUCUACAGCAGAGGGUUUCAAACACAUUUGCAGAAAAAUCUACACCCAAGUGGGCCGGACUGGUAAAAUCACGGCACGAUAACUUAAAAAUAAAGACAACUUCAGAUUGUUUGUUUAAAAAAAGAUUAAGCACAUUCGGAAAUUGUACAAAUAGUAGUGUUUUUUUAACAAUUGCCUGUGGCGGUAAUAAAAUAUAUACUUUGCGUUAUUUAUAUUCUUUGAAUAAAUUAUGCGAUCAUGUUCAUCAGUCAACUCAUUUGUGUCAAUUUUCAUGAAUAGUUCGGUAUAAGUGACACCCGAUGUGACAAAGAUAACCUAUAAUUGAAUUGAUAAUGAAAAAAUAUGAAAAAACAACACAUUUUAAUUUCUUCUAGUCAGACGAUAGAAUUUCGAUAUGAAAGAUGGUUUAUUUUACUUUGACAUGGUGGCGACUUGUCCAGAGUGUUUACCGUCUUCCGUCCGAAUGCAGCUGAAAUAGGCGCAAGCACCCCAAAAGGGACAAGCGGUAGAAAAUGGAUGGAUGGAUGUUUCAACUGUCGUCUACAGCAGAGGGUGUCAAACUCAUUUGUAGAUCGGGGGCCACAUGGAGAAAAAUCUACACCCAAGUGGGCCGGACUGGUAAAAUCACGGCACGAUAACUUAAAAAUAAAGACAACUUCAGAUUGUUUGUUUAAAAAAAGAUUAAGCACAUUCGGAAAUUGUACAAAUAAUAGUGUUAUUUUUAACAAUUGCCUGUGGCGGUAAUAGUAUAUAUACUUUGCGUUAUUUAUAUUUUUUGAAUAAAUUAUGCGAUAUUGUUCAUCAGUCAACUCAUUUGUGUCAAUUUUCAUGAAUAGUUCGGUAUAAGUGACACCCGAUGUGACAAAGAUAUCCUAUAAUUGAACUGAUAAUGAAAAAAUAUGAAAAAACAACACGUUUUAAUUUCUUCUAGUCAGACGAUAGAAUUGCGAUAUGAAAGAUGGUUUAUUUUACUUUGACGUGGUGGUGACUUGUCCAGGGUGUACACCACCUUCCGUCCCAAUGCAGCUGAAAUAGGCGCGAGCAACCCCAAAAAGGGACAAGCGGUAGAAAAUGGAUGGAUGGAUGUUUCAACUGUCAUCUACAGCAGAGGGUUUCAAACUCAUUUGCAGAAAAAUCUACUCCCAAGUGGACCGGACUGGUAAAAUCACGGCACGAUAACUUAAAAAUAAAGACAACUUCAGAUUGUUUGUUUAAAAAAAGAUUAAGCACAUUCAGAAAUUGUACAAAUAAUAGUUGUGUUUUUUUAACAAUUGCCUGUGGCGGUAAUAAAAUAUAUACUUUGCGUUAUUUAUAUUUUUUGAAUAAAUUAUGCGAUCAUGUUCAUCAGUCAACUCUUUGUGUCAAUUUUCAUGAAUAGUUCGGUAUAAGUGACACCCGAUGUGACAAAGAUAACCUAUAAUUGAACUGAUAAUGAAAAAAUAUGAAAAAACAACACAUUUUAAUUUCUUCUAGUCAGACGAUAGAAUUUCGAUAUGAAAGAUGGUUUAUUUUACUUUGACAUGGUGGCGACUUGUCCAGAGUGUUUACCGUCUUCCGUCCGAAUGCAGCUGAAAUAGGCGCAAGCAACCCCAAAAGGGACAAGCGGUAGAAAAUGGAUGGAUGGAUGUUUCAACUGUCGUCUACAGCAGAGGGUUUCAAACUCAUUUGUAGAUCGGGGGCCACAUGGAGAAAAAUCUACACCCAAGUGGGCCGGACUGGUAAAAUCACGGCACGAUAACUUAAAAAUAAAGACAACUUCAGAUUGUUUGUUUAAAAAAAGAUUUAGCACAUUCGGAAAUUGUACAAAUAACAGUUUUUUUUUAACAAUUGCCUGUGGCGGUAAUAGUAUACAUACUUUGCUUUAUUUAUAUUUUUUGAAUAAAUUAUGCGAUCAUGUUCAUCAGUCAACUCAUUUGUGUCAAUUUUCAUGAAUAGUUCUGUAUAAGUGACACCCGAUGUGACAAAGAUAACCUAUAAUUGAACUGAUAAUGAAAAAAUAUGAAAAAACACGUUUUAAUUUCUUCUAGUCAGACGAUAGAAUUUCGAUAUGAAAGAUGGUUUAUUUUACUUUGACAUGAUGGCGACUUGUCCAGGGUAUACACCGCCUUCCGUCCGAAUGCAGCUGAAAUAGGCGCAAGCAACCCCAAAAGGGGCAAGCGGUAGAAAAUGGAUGGAUGGAUGUUUCAACUGUCGUCUACAGCAGAGGGUGUCAAACUCAUUUGCAGAUCGGGGGCCACAUGGAGAAAAAUCUACACCCAAGUGGGCCGGACUGGUAAAAUCACGGCACGAUAACUUAAAAAUAAAGACAACUUCAGAUUGUUUAAAAAAAGAUUAAGCACAUUCGGAAAUUGUACAAAUAGUGUUAUUUUUAACAAUUGCCUGUGGCGGUAAUAGUAUAUAUACUUUGCGUUAUUUAUAUUUUUUGAAUAAAUUAUGCGAUCAUGUUCAUCAGUCAACUCAUUUGUGUCAAUUUUCAUGAAUAGUUCUGUAUAAGUGACACCCGAUGUGACAAAGAUAACCUAUAAUUGAACUGAUAAUGAAAAACUAUAAAAAAACAACACGUUUUAAUUUCUUCUAGUCAGACGAUAGAAUUUCGAUAUGAAAGAUGGUUUAUUUUACUUUGACAUUGUGGCGACUUGUCCAGGGUGUACGCCGCCUUCCGUCCGAAUGCAGCUGAAAUAGGCGCAAGCAACCCCAAAAGGGACAAGCGGUAGAAAAUGGAUGGAUGGAUGUUUCAACUGUCAUCUACAGCAGAGGGUUUCAAACUCAUUUGUGGAUCGGGGGCCACAUGGAGAAAAAUCUACACCCAAGUGGGCCGGACUGGUAAAAUCACGGCACGAUAACUUAAAAAUAAAGACAACUUCAGAUUGUUUGUUUAAAAAAAGAUUUAGCACAUUCGGAAAUUGUACAAAUAAUAGUUGUGUUUUUUUAACAAUUGCCUGUGGCGGUAAUAGUAUACAUACUUUGUCGUUAUUUAUAUUUUUUGAAUAAAUUAUGCAAUCAUGUUCAUCAGUCAACUCAUUGGUGUCAAUUUUCUAUCUAUGAAGAUAAAACAAAUAUAUCAACAACAAAAUACAGGAUGUUAUUUAUGUAGUUUGAUCAAUUUCCUCGACUGAUGAACGAACAUCAUGUGGUUUAUUUUGUACAUACUUUAUGUAGCAUCAUGUACAAAAAUACAAAGAAUUGCUAUUGUGAAAUCUAGUGGACACAGCAAUUAUUUUCAUUAAAAAAUUUCAGGUUCAUUUUCAUACUUAGCAAACUCAUCACGUGGGCCGGUAUAAAACCUGUUCGCGGGCCUGAUCAGGCCCUUCGGCCGUACGUUUGACACCCCUGGUCUACAGUCUUCAUCAGAAGGGUCACCUGACCACGGUGACGCUUCGCCUAUAUCAGCCGUAUUCAUUGGCGCUUGAUGGGGAUCGGAGAAGGGAGUCCCAGGUGAGCGCAUUGAUGAUACCUCGUCGCGGUUGAUGAUGUCCUUAAGGGCCUUUUUUUAUUUCCCUACAACAGGGGUCGGCAACCCAAAACGUUGAGAGAGCCAUAUUGGACCAAAUAUACAAAAAACUAACAGCCGUAUAUAAGUGUGGUAAUGAAAACAACACAUGACGUAAGUGUCUACAUUAGCUAUAAUAGCCUACUAUCAAAAUGACUGUCGCGGACUGAAGCAAAUCGUCAAUGCAUUGACAGAAAUGUUCAAAUGUAAUAUUUAUUCUACACAUUUUUACAACAUUAGAAACCAUUAAUAAAUCAGAGGCUACUCAGAAGGUGAGAUAACUCCUGGAAAUUACUGGCCAAAAGGUAGAGAUGUGGUAAUGUUUGCUGUGGUCUGGAACAACAUGGCACACAAACUGAAAUGCAGCCAAUACUACAUACAGGUAAUGUGCAAAUAUAAAUUAUAUACAAAGAGGAUAUAAGUAUAGUAAAUGAGCGCAAAUAUACCUACAAAUGAGGCAUAAUGAUGCAAUAUGUACAUACAGCUAGCAUAAAUAGCAUGUUAGCAUUGAUUAGCUUGCAGCCAUGCACUGACCAAAUAUGCCUAAUUAGCAGUCCGACAAGUCAAUUACAUCAAGAAAAGUGCGCCUUUGUGCAUUCACGCACAGCAUAAAACGCGGGUUGUUGACCCCCGCCCUAUAAGAACAGCUGAUUAGUUACAGUGGCCCUUCUUAAGUUAAGUUAAAGUACCAAUGAUUGUUACACACACACUUAGGUGAGGCGAAAUUAUUCUCUGCAUUUGCUCCAUCACCCUUGAUGGGAGCAGUGAGCAGCAGCGGUGCCGCGCCCGGGAAUAAUUUCUGGUGAUUUAACCCCCAAUUCCAACCCUUGAAGCUGAGUGCCAAGCAGGGAGGUAAUUGGUCCCAUUUUUAUAAUUAUUAUAAUUAGUUCUGAUCUGCGGAUAAUGGUUGAAACAUGUCAUUUACCAUUUAAUGUCCCAAAAUGGUAAAAAAAAAAAAAAGGGUUAUACUUACAUAGCGCUUUUUUUACCUUCAAGGUACUCAAGGGCGGCAUAGCUCGGUUGGUAGAGCGGCCGUGCCAGCAACUUGAAGGUUGCAGGUUCGAUUCCCGCUUCCGCCAUCCUAGUCACUGCCGUUGUGUCCUUGGGCAAGACACUUUACCCACCUGCUCCCAGUGCCACCCACACUGGUUUAAAUGUAAAUUAGAUAUUAGUUUUCACUAUGUAAAGCGCUUUGAGUCACUAGAGAAAAGCGCUAUAUAAAAUAUAAAGCGCUUUGACACUAUUUCCACAUUCACACACUGGUGGUGGCAUAGCUCGGUUGGUAGAGCGGCCGUGCCAGCAACUUGAGGGUUGCAGGUUCGACUCCCGCUUCCGCCAUCCUAGUCACUGCCGUUGUGUCCUUGGGCAAGACACUUUAUACCCACCUGCUCCCAGUGCCACCCACACUGGUUUAAAUGUAAAUUAGAUAUUGGGUUUCACUAUGUGAAGCGCUUUGAGUCACUAGAGAAAAGCGCUAUAUAAAAUAUAAUUCACUUCACUUCAAAGCGCUUUGACACUAUUUCCACAUUCACACACUGAUGGUGGCAUAGCUCGGUUGGUAGAGCGGCCGUGCCAGCAACUUGAAGGUUGCAGGUUCGAUUCCCGCUUCCGCCAUCCUAGUCACUGCCGUUGUGUCCUUGGGCAAGACACUUUACCCACCUGCUCCCAGUGCCACCCACACUGGUUUAAAUGUAAAUUAGAUAUUGGGUUUCACUAUGUAAAGCGCUUUGAGUCACUAGAGAAAAGCGCUAUAUAAAAUAUAAUUCACCUCAAAGCGCUUUGACACUAUUUCCACAUUCACACACUGAUGGUGGCAUAGCUCGGUUGGUAGAGCGGCCGUGCCAGCAACUUGAAGGUUGCAGGUUCGAUUCCCGCUUCCGCCAUCCUAGUCACUGCCGUUGUGUCCUUGGGCAAGACACUUUAUACCCACCUGCUCCCAGUGCCACCCACAUUGGUUUAAAUGUAAAUUAGAUAUUGGGUUUCACUAUGUAAAGCGCUUUGAGUCACUAGAGAAAAGCGCUAUAUAAAAUAUAAUUCACUUCACUUCAAAGCGCUUUGACACUAUUUCCACAUUCACACACUGAUGGCGGGAGCUAACAUGCAAGGACCCAUCAGGAGCAAGGGUGAAGUGUCUUGUUCAGGGACACAACGGACGUGACGAGGUUGGUAGAAGGUGGGGAUCGAAGCAGGAACCCUCAGGUUGUUCUAACCAACCACGCCAAGCCGUCCCCGAAUCUUUGUCUGACUAGAAGAAACUAAACAGUAUAUUGACAAAAAAAAAAAAAAAGACACUUUACAGUGGGAGAUUUAAGGUGUCAUGUAUGGUUCAGUUUUAUUCAACAUUGUAACAAUAAACGCCAUUCCCUGUUAUAGAAACUCUGUUGCUGUUUGCAUCCCUGAAAUAUUAAAAUGAAGCAGGUUGGACCGAGGUAUUCCGUUGGAUGGUGUGAUUAUUUUUUUUAUUGAAGUAAUAAAUAUGUUUUACAAGUAGUA